CAGCUGGAUGAGAUGUGGCAGGAGCUGCGUUGGAUCACUGAUGCCCUGCAGUAUGCCCGCUACAAGCAUCCCAGUGGCGGUGUGCCCAUCACCCGCCUGGUCAAUGCCAGCAAGCCUGAGUCAGACCAGGGGGCACAGAAGAGUGACUCAGCAUCCUCUACCAUGGACUACCUACCCACACCAUCACCCUCACCUGAGCUACGACCCAGGAAGGCUGCUAGUGACUCCCAACUGGGGUCAGAUGAGGACGGUUGUUCAGAGGUGUUCCUGCCAACAGACAGCGACUAUGACUCCAGCGAGGCCUUGUCCCCCCGUGAGCUGGACCUGCUCUACUCUCCCCAACAGGACCUAUCCCGGCAGGCUGUGCACGCCCUGGGAGGCAGCGCUCCCGACGUACUGCAGAUACACGAACUAAGGUACAGCAUCUGCCAGCCCAAAGACCUCCCCCUCUCCCCCGCCUUCCCCCUCUCCCCAGGCCCACCCCUCUCCCCUGCCCUCAUCCUCCCAGAGACCACCUUUUCUUGCACCAAAAUCCUGGAGGGUCUCUCCCUCUCCAAGACGACCCAGGACCAGCACUCCUACACCCCUCUUUGGCCCCUAGCCAACCCCCCAACCAAGCGGAAGCUGCUGUCCAGGAGCCAUGGGGCGGCUGGGGCCCAGCAGGGCUACUUCAGUGGGCCCCAGCACUGGUUAAAGGGCCACAGCGACAGCCACACUGGGUCCCUGUCUGAGGGGGUCUAUACCAGGCAGAAGGACGCAGACCUGCCCCUGGAUCUCCCAUCCCCUCAGGGGGAGACAUACGUUAGUCAUGCUUCCUGUGUCCUGGAGGGCAGUGGGGCGGAGCAGAGGGAGCCCAGGCCCCAUGUCAGGAGGAUCUUUGUGGAACCGUGUAAGGAAACAUCGCCUGAGAACAGGGGUUGGGGAGAGGAGAGAGGGAUGGAGGGACGGGAGGAGAGAGGGGCAGGGGUGAUGGUGGUUGUCACAGAGGAGGGGUCAGGAGAGGAGGCAUAUGAAGGAGCGACAGCCCAGGAUGUGGACUCAGACGACCAAACGAACACACAGGUGUCAGAGAUCCUCAGCAGCACGCUCCAGGAUUGA